AUGCAAGAACACCCUGAUUUCGUUAUUAUAGCUGAACCAUGGAUCCAUUUUGAUAAGUUUCCUAGAAGGUGGCUUAUAAGAUUGGGUCUGAAGCUUUUAUCUUUGAACAACAGAAAUCACCUUAAACCUAAUUUAUGGUGUAUUUGUGCCAUUGAUCAUCACCCUAUUAUUCAUCAAAUUAGUGAUCAAUUUGUAGCUUUUUCUGUCCAUGAUAAUAAUAAGUCUUUUGGUGUUGUGGCUGUGUAUGCUUCAACUUGUUAUCUAAAAAGAAGAGUGCUUUGGAAUGAGCUUUCCAACCUGCAAAAUCAAUUCAAUCUGCCAUGGUGUUAUAUAGGUGAUUUUAAUGCAAUUUUGGAAGCUAGUGAGCAUAGAGGUAGGUUAGAUCCUGCUAGGAUCCCUAUGUCUGAUUUUCAAGAUUGGUCCAGUAAUAAUGAUUUGCUGCAUUUACCAACUAGAGGAGCCUGGUUUACUUGGAAUAAUGGUAGAGGAGGUAGAGCUCAUAUAGAAAGAAGGCUUGAUAGGACAAUUUGCAAUCAGUUAUGGUUGAAUUUCUGCUCAACAAUGUCUUGUUCCACUUUAACAAAAUUAAGUUCUGAUCAUUUCCCCUUGUUACUAGAAUUUCAAUACAAUGAGUGUAAUUUUAAAUCCCAUUUCAAAUUCAUGAAGAUGUGGUCGUUGAAGGAUGAUUGCAGAUCUCUAAUUGCUAAUAGUUGGAAUGCAAAUGUCAUUGGUUGCCCCAUGUUUGUGCUUAAUAAGAAGCUUAAGAUCCUGAAGGAGAACUUAAAGGUUUGGAAUAAAAACUGCUUUGGUAAUGUUCAAACUAUGGUGAGAGAUGCAGAGAAGAAAGUAAAUGUUAUUCAAACCAAGAUUCAAAAUGAUGGCCACACUGAAUCCCUAUUGUCCCAAGAGAAGAAAGCACAAGCUGAUAUGGAGGGUGCUCUAAAAAUUCAAGAUUGGUUUUGGCAGGAGAAGGCUAAAGUUAACUGGCACACUGAUGGUGAUAGGAAUACAGCUUAUUUCCAUAGAGCAACCAAAAUCAAAAAUGCAACUAAACUCAUCUCCUCUCUGAGAAUUCAUGAUCAAGUGACAACCAAUCAGCAACAAAUCUCUGAUCACAUAGUUCAGUAUUUUAAUAACUUAUUUUGUGCUAACUCUGCUGUUUUGCAGGAUCCUUUACUUGUGGAGGAAGUUAUUCCAAAUCUUGUGACAGAUAGUAUCAACACAAUGCUCACUAUGCUCCCUUCUCAGUUGGAAAUUAAGAAUGCGGUCUUUGAUCUCAAUAAAGAAGGGGCCUCUGGUCCUGAUGGGUUUGGUGCCUUCUUUUAUCAAACCUAUUGGGACAUUGUAUCCAUUGAUGUAACAAAUGCAGUUUUAGAGUUUUUUACUAAAAGUUGGCUCCUCCCAAACUUCAAUGCCAAUACUUUGAUUUUAAUUCCAAAGAAUCCAAAUGCAGACACAGUUGAUCAGUACAGACCUAUAGCCAUGGCCAAUUUCAAGUUCAAGAUUAUAUCUAAGAUUAUUGCUGAUAGGUUAGCCAAAAUUUUGCCGGGAAUUAUUUCUGAAGAGCAAAGGGGUUUCAUCCAGGGAAGAAAUAUCAAAGAUUGCAUUUGUCUGGCUUCAGAAGCUUCUAACUUGUUGAACAAGAAAUCUUAUGGGGGUAACUUGGCCCUUAAGAUUGACAUUUCUAAAGCUUUUGACACUAUGGAUUGGAAAUUUUUACUUAAAGUUUUGAAGUGUUUUGGCUUCAAUGAUACUUUUUGUACUUGGAUAGAUGUGAUUCUUAAAUCAGCAACCUUAUCUAUAUCUAUCAAUGGAAAACUUCAUGGAUAUUUUCAUUGUGAUAGAGGAGUGAGACAGGGGGACCCAUUGUCACCUUUAUUAUUCUGCAUUGCUGAAGAUGUUUUGAGCAGAAGUAUUUCUAAAUUGGUUGAGGAUGGGAAGCUGGAUUUGAUUCAGGCUUCUAGAAAUGUUUCCCUUCCCUCUCACAGUUUGUAUGCUGAUGAUAUUAUGGUAUACUGCAAAGGUAAACAUUCCUGCUUAAUUGCCCUCAAAGAAUUGUUUCAGAGAUAUGCAUUGGCCUCAGGACAGAUGAUCAGUGCCAGUAAAUCAAUUAUUUUCUCAGGAUCAAUCCCUCAUGCUAGGCUUUCUCAAAUUGCUAAUUUCAUUGGUUUCAAAAUAGGUCAGCUUCCUUUUACCUAUCUUGGAGUACCAAUUUUUAAAGGGAAACCUAAGGUGGUUUAUUUCCAGCCUGUAGCAGAUAAGGUUAGACUCAAGCUAGCUGCUUGGAAAGCUUCUUUGCUUUCAAUAGCUGGUAGAGUCCAACUUGUAAAGUCAGUGGUUCAAGGGAUGCUUAUUCAUAGUAUCACUGUUUACUCUUGGCCAACAUCUUUACUUAGAGAUUUGGAAAAAUAUAUUAAAAAUUUCAUUUGGAGCGGUGAUACAUCCAAAAGAAAGCUUGUCACUGUGUCUUGGAAAAAUAUAUGCAAACCCUAUGAUGAAGGUGGUUUAGGGAUUAGAUCCCUGAUAAAACUCAAUGAAGCUUCUAACUUGAAACUUUGUUGGAAUCUUGCAAACUCUGACAUGCAAUGGGCAAGAAUUUUGAGGAGCAGAACCGUUAGAGGAAGCAACAUUAUUAAUCACCACAUUUUCUCUUCUUUGUGGAGUAGUGUGAAGCAAGAGUUUUCAAUCAUCAGAGAGAAUUCCAAGAUUUUAAUAGGUGAUGGAGAGAACACUUUAUUCUGGACUGACAAAUGGGGAGGGCCACCUCUUUGUGAUAUUCUUCAAAUUCCACCUAACAUCCAUCAUCUCCUUAAAUCCAGAGUCAGUGAUUAUAUUCAGAACUAUCAGUGGAACAUACCUUGGCAAUUACAAACUCUUUUUCCAAACUUAAAGAAUCUUGUGGAGCAAGUCACUAUUCCUGUUGUGCACAAAUGUGAUAAGCUUGUCUGGACCAAUUCAGCUUCAGGUGACCUAUCUCUAAAAGAAGCCUACUUGUUCAAAAGCCAGCAUAUUCAGAAUAUUCAUUGGGCCAAAACAAUAUGGAGUAAGGACAUUCCUCCUUCAAAGUCUCUAAUAGCUUGGAGAAUAAUGCAUGACAAAAUGCCUACAGAUGAAAAGCUCAGAGAAAGAGGCUGCAAUCUCCCUUUUAUUUGUAACCUUUGUCUUCAACAAGAAGAAACAACUUUCCAUCUCUUCUUUGAUUGUUCUUUUUCCAUCAGAUUGUGGACAUGGCUCUCUCAAAUCCUUAACCUGAAUUUGCAUUUUAAUGAUGUUGAAGAAAUUUGGAAACUGUGUGACAGGUCUUGGACUCCUCAGUGUAGGCUCGUGAUUAAGGUAGCCAUUGUGAACAUUCUGGCCACUAUUUGGUUUGUUAGGAACCAAGCUAGGUUUAACAAUAAAACAAUUCAAUGGAGGUCAGCUAUCAGUCUUGUUUCAUCUAGUGUUUCCUUUACUGGUAACAAUACAACUUUAACCUCCUCUUCCUCUAUGACUGAUUUCCAAAUUCUUAAGAAGUUUAACAUCUCUAUUCAUCCUCCUAAGGCUCCAGUUAUUAAGGAGGUGAUUUGA